CGGCAGGUCUGUACGUUGUGCGUCGGAACCACGAUGGUCAGUGUAACUGUGUCUGCCGCGGGGCGUGCACCGCUCGCUCGGGAGCUGCCCGUAACGCUCUCGUUCGAUGACAAAACCCUCGAAGACGUGACGGUCGCCGAUGUCAAGUCUGCCAUAGCAGCCAAAUUCUCUAAGUUCUACACCUCGCGGCAGAAGCUGUCUCUGAAGGGAGAAAAGACAGCACUCGCGGACGAGAACGGUGAUGAACUCGCGGUCAAGGAUCUUGGACCUCAGCUGGGAUGGCGCACAGUUUUCCUCAUUGAAUACGUCGGGCCGCUCCUCAUCCACCCCAUCUUCUACCAUUACCCCGCUGUGUAUGGCGGUCCCCGUGUCCCGCACAGCAGACUGCAGGAGACGGUCUAUGUGAUGACCAUGCUACACUUCAUCAAGCGCGAGUGGGAGACCGUCUUCGUCCAUCGUUUCUCGCACGGCACCAUGCCGUUCAGGAACAUAUUCAGGAAUUCUGCCCACUAUUGGCUCCUGAGCGGCUUCCUUCUCGCCACAGUUGUCUACAGCCCGGCAUAUAGCGCGUACUCGCCCUACAUCGUCGGUACCGCUCGCGAAAAGCCGAAAUUCCUGUUGGGCUGCGUGGCCCUGUGGUCGGUAAGCCCAUUUCCUGUGGCGCGGGCACGAUGCCGAACUAACGAAUACCGUAGUUCGCGGAGUUCGGGCGAUACCAUACGGUACGGCUUCUCGCUUGUCUCAUUUCCCAACUAUUUCUUCGAGAUACUGUCAUGGGUGGCCAUCGCCAUCAUGACCGGCAGCUAUGCGGCCUGGCUGUUCGUGGCCAUCAGCGCCUUCACCAUGUCGACUUGGGCAAUCAAGAAGCACAAAGCGUACAAGCGCGAGUUUGGAGACGCUUAUCCGCGUAAUAGGAAGGCCAUCAUACCUUUCAUUCUUUGACAGGUCUCGGAAGGAUUUGCAAAUGCUUCAGGGUUGCGAUGUUUUGCAUGGCCCAUUCAGUUGGCUGAAACGACAAUCGUCUUGCCCUCUGAAUUCGAACACGGUAGAUAGAGUCUUGCUGCUGCUGUCUGGUUGCCUGCAUGCGGUGUAGAACAGUCAUGGAAUGCUAUAUGCUAGCCACA